AUGGAUAAAUACCAUCCUGGUUACUUUGGUAAAGUCGGUAUGAGAUACUUCCACAAACAAAGAAACCACUUCUGGAAACCAGAAAUUAACUUAGACAAAUUGUGGACCUUGGUCGAAGAGGACAAGAAGGACAACUACUUGAAGUCUUCAUCUACCUCUGCUGCUCCAGUCAUCGACACCUUAGCUUAUGGCUACGGUAAGGUUUUAGGUAAGGGAAGAUUACCUGAGGUUCCAGUCAUUGUCAAAGCAAGAUUUGUCUCCAAAUUAGCAGAAGAGAAGAUCAGAGCUGUUGGUGGUGUUGUUGAGUUAAUCGCCUAA